AUGAUAGUAAAGGGGCAAGAAACGCGUCAGGCUAAAUUGACUCUUCCACCCGUGGUUUUUGUGAGUGGUUUUCUUACGAGUGUCAAACAUGAAUGGAAACAAGCUGCUGUUUCAAUGUCAGAACGUAGUACUCAACGUUCACUGAUCACUGCAUUGAUCGGUCCUGUUAGUUCUGUUAUGGAUCGUGCUCGUGAGCUGUUCUAUUGUCUAAAAGGUGGUCGUGUUGAUUAUGGUCUCGAACAUAGCAAAAAAGCUGGACAUAAUCAAUUUGGAAAAAUCUAUGAGCAUGGUCUUUACGAAUGUUGGAGUGAACAAAAUCCCAUUCAUAUAUUCGGUCACAGUCUCGGUGGACCAACUUCACUUGCGCUUCAAUCUCAAUUAGAACAACAGCUCUUUCCUGGCUAUGAGACGUCAGCAUCAUGGAUACGUUCCAUUACGUGUGUUUCAGCACCGAUGUUAGGUACAACCGUGAGUUAUCUAUUAGGCUCAUGUGAAACGGUGCCGGGAGCUGUAAAGGUUUUAUCGAUAGGUUCUUUUCUAACACGUGCGAUCCAUCUUUAUGAAUGGCUAGAUUUAAAAUUUUUGAAAACCAAAGUUGAUUUUCAACUUGGUCAUUGGAAUUUGGCCAAAUCGUUUCAACCAUUGGCUUUUAUCUCGAGUGUUUGGAAUUUAAUAUGUGGCUUGACUGGGUUUAGUCCAAUAAUAUUAUCGACCGAUAAUGCGGCGUUUGAUCUCACCAUCGAAGGCAUGAAGUUGUUAGUAGACAGACAUAUUCGUACAUUUAAUUGCUCAUUUUAUCAAUCGUACACAACAUCGUACGCAACAACUGAUGACUAUUCUUGUAAAACCAACAGUAUAAACGAGGGAUUAAAAUACCAAAGAAACAGAAAUAUUAAAACAUUACCAUUCUAUUUUCGACAUCUAUUUCAUUCGAUUCGUCAAUACCGUUGUCCCACACCUAAACACGAUCAACUUCAAAUUGUCGGCUUAACUUAUUGCGAUGCUGAUUGGGCGGAAAAUGAUGGCUGUGUAAAUACCAUCUCCCAAGCACAUCCUCAUGCAUGUACUCUGAUUAGCAGACAACCUCUCAAUAACAUAUAUGAAGAAAAAUAUAAUAUUGAUCAAAGUUCACGCGUUCAACGGCAUAUACACUGCGAACAUCGUAGCUUACAUUUAAUGUCCAAUUCACAUUCGGAAGGUCUAGUAACCAACGGAAGUAACUGUAGUUUUCCAGAGAUUACGCCACCUGAAUGUAGUUUAGGUGUUUGGCAUGUGUAUUCAACAGUCGACAUCUCUCACUAUGGUCUUUGUUGGGGUGGACGAAAUCGAUCUCAACAACGACAAUUUUUUAAUCAUACUUAUGAUAAAUUAGACUAUUUUGAUCAAAUAACGAGUAGGAAAAAACAAUAG